CCUUGUGCAUUUUAUGUCAAUAGUUUACGAUUUCAACAUUCAAGAGAAUUUUCUUUCUGAUAUUUUCUAUAAUUAUAUAAAAUUAAUAAGAAAUUACUGCACAAAAUUAUGCAAAAGUUAUGUUAAAAUAUGCUAAAUAUUUGUAGCAUACCGUAUGUUACGUAAUAUUGUGUGAAAUGUAUUUUAAAAGCAAAUGAAAAGUAAAAAAGUUUUUUUUUAGCUGAAAACGGUUGUAGUAGUUGUAUUGUAUGUGGUGAGCAAAUGGUGGGUUCGUUGCAUUGAUGGUUGUCGGUUGUUUGCUGCAAAAGCGAACGGGUGAAUGAGCGAAAUUUUAAACGAAUGAGUGUAAAAAUCAAGAAGCAAAAGUGCUGGCUAAGUUAACUGGCUUAAAAGGCUGGUCAAUAGGGGAAAGAGUGAAGCAUCUACGGGAGCAGCAGUAACGUAACUUGGAUUUUGGUCAGCAUGUAGAGCAUGUUCGGGACUGCUUAAUUUCUGCUGAUCAUAUUAGACAAAAGAGCCCUUGGUUUUAGUUUCUUUCUUAUUGCAUUAAAGGAAAAGAAAUCAAACCCAAAAAAUACAAGCAAAUAAGGAAAAUAAAAAAGUAAAAAAUAAAAGCAAAAGUAUGGGGAAAAGAUACAGUUAGUCGAACGCGAUCGCUACGACGUUUUGAACGAAAAAAGAAAAACAUUGUAUGAAGUGUAAAGUCUAGUGUUUGAAAAAGUGUGAUAGCAAUAAGAAUUGUGAUUUGUUUGGAUCUAAACAAGUUGUGCAAUCUUUGAAGGUUUAAGGGAAAAAAGAAAAAAACUAACGAGUUACGUUAAACCAAAUAAGCACGGUUAAUAUUGUCAGCAGAGCCAUUGCGGAUUUCCUUCUGCUCUUCGGUCGCAAAGAUAUGUUACAGUAUUUUGGGUGAGGGAGUCAAACAUACGCACACAUACAUAAUCAUUGCGUAGAGCCGUGCGAGUUGUUGAAAAACGAGGGCGCAGCUCCUCUUUUUUCCCUCUAAUCGUCUGGCAACAACAAGCACAAUAAUACUAUUCACAAACUUUAGAGCUGCACAAGAGUGUGCCGUUAGCGUCACAUAAAGCAGUGUAGAUUCCAUUUACAAAUUGCCAAUAUGGCGACGAGCGAUGAUGAACCGAUGAACCACUUGUAUGAAGUGUUUCAAAAUUGCUUCAAUAAAAUAGCCAAUAAACAGCCGACAGGGGGUGUUGGUAGUGGCGGAGGUCCAGGAGAUCGCAAUGGUGGUUACCAAUCUCCUUAUGGAGGCCUUAGUGGUAUGGAGAAUGGAAUAUAUGGCGGUGCCGAUGACUUUAAUCCUAUGCAUGAUCCCACAACCGGAGGUGGUGUCCGUUUUACAAGUGGUGCUCCCGUAGAUCAAUAUUUUGAUACUGGAAUUGGGAACGGUGGCAAUGCAGGUGCUACGGGCUGGUAUGGAUCUCCCGUUGGUGGUGGUUAUGGUAGCCAGAACUCAUAUCAGAAUAAUGGUCCGAUGAGUGGUCAUCAUAUGGGGGGUGGACCACAACAACACCAUGAUCCAGAUGGCCAUCAUAUCGGCGCAAACACUGGAAUGAGCUUGCAGAUGGAUGCAAGUGGCCAUGUAGGAAUGCACAGCCCCGCCACGACUUCAUUACCGCCUAUGAGUUCUUUUCGUGGUGGAAAUACGAAUAGUAUUCAAUCUCUUAGCGGUAAUCCAACGACACAUUCUCCGGCCUUGUAUAGCUCACCACAACCGCAUAGCACUCCUCACAGUUCCAUGUCAACGCCAGUGUCAGGACACCAUCCCUUAGGCAAUCACCACGUUUCUCAGCAUAGUCCCGCUAUACAAAACGAUGCCUUUGGAACAGUGGGUGGAUUGGGAGUCUCUGGCGUUAGCGUGCCUGGCCUUGGAUCGAAGCCAAUAACCAAUUCUACCGUGGUUGGUGUGCCUGGUCCUCAGGGCCCUUCGGCUAUGCGACAACAUAUGUACAUGACAGCUGCACCUGCUGAUCAGUCAAUCAGUAGUUUUAGUUCUAAUCCAUCUACACCCGUGAAUUCACCGCCACCUCUAACCCAAAGUACGCUAGUGUCUCAGGCUAUGCUGGUGGAUAAAAGUGUGGUCAGUGGCGGUGCUGUACCUGCAAAUUCGGGGUGGGGACAUCCGGUUUUGAAUGGUACUGGACCUAGCAGUAGUGGCAGUUCCGUGACUGGAGUUGGUGGUGGAACUUAUGCGCCGGAUAUGGUACCCACAGGUCUUCAUUCGAUGGCUUCAGUUUUUCAAGGUGCACGCAUGGAAGAAAGACUUGACGACGCAAUCAACGUUUUGCGCAGUCAUUGUGAACCUGAACUGCUAAGUGGCGUGUGUGCUACGCUCUCUGCCGUGGAUAACAUCGAUGGUUUGUCUUCUUUUGUGCCAACUUCGCCGUCCAGUCAUGGUAUGGUAGCAUCAGCUGGUCCUGGUCCUUCAUCGUUAAACCCCACUCAUGAUGUUAUGUCGAGCGGUCCGUCGUCGGUGCAAAAUGUUGGAGGUGUCGUGGGUAAUUUGGCGCCGCAAGUCAAAAUGGAACGAACGUCAGCGACAGCAACAGCGACGGUGACAACAGCCUCUGCGCCUACUGUAAAAGGUCCCAAAAAACGUAAAGAAUCAUCAGCCAGUGCAGCUGCAGCGGCAAACACAGGUCCUUCCACGUCGAACCUUAAUAAUAUGGUAGAUGCCACCGACACAAAACCUAGUAGUUCAAUGGAGGCGUCUCAGGCGCAUACCCAAGCACCGCCACCUACCAAAGGAACAAAACGCCCUCGUCGAUAUUGUUCCUCAGCUGAAGAUGACGAUGAUGCUGAACCUGCAGUAAAGGCAUUACGUGAGAAAGAACGUCGUCAAGCAAACAAUGCUCGGGAACGAAUACGCAUUCGGGAUAUAAACGAAGCAUUGAAGGAAUUAGGGCGCAUGUGUAUGACUCAUUUAAAAUCUGAUAAACCACAAACUAAAUUAGGUAUAUUGAAUAUGGCAGUAGAAGUGAUUAUGACACUCGAGCAGCAAGUUAGAGAACGUAAUUUAAAUCCCAAAGCCGCUUGUUUAAAGCGAAGGGAAGAAGAAAAAGCAGAAGAUGGCCCAAAAUUGGCGGCGCAACAUCAUAUGCUGCCGCAAGGAGCCCCCAGCGUUUAUGGUCAACCUCCACCACCACCCUUACCACCGACAGCGCAAAGCGGGGUACCCCCCGUUGUUGUAGGGCAGCCUCAGCUGCAACCUCAACAGCCUGGCGUGCAGCUGCCCCCACAUCUACAGAGCCACAAUCAAGUGUCGCAUCAACAAUAGCAGGCCUCCAAUAGCCUCCAUGAGCCGCCAACUUCUCAUCUGCCAACAGAGAUUGCCACACAUCAGAGUAGCCAUCAACAACAGCAUCAGACCUCCGGGACCGAUUUAGAACAGCAGCUGCUAAAUAAUCUCAGCCUGUUUCGAAGACGCCAUCCACACGCUCAACCUGGAGCUUUAACGACGACCUUAUCACAGCCGCCACAUGCUCAUCAUCAUCACCAUCACGCCCAUAUGCUUCACCAUCCGCCACCACCAUCACAUCAACAUCAGCUAUAGGUCUAUGGUUUGUAUUUCUAAUGGACACUACUCUAUUUAUCACUUCAAAAUAUCAUCCCAUUGAAAAAAUUGUAUAUAAUUGUCAAGAUUAUUAUAAGCUGUUUAAUUGUAAUUAACUUUACUUUCCAUUUAUUAUUGUUUUUUUUUUUUUACAUCCUUUUCGUUUUGCCGUCAGACGUGAUCUGUAUAAAUAGGUCCACUAAAUAGUAGUUCCCUUUUUUUUUUUUGUUUACUGAAAGUUUAAAUUUCCGCAGCAUUUUAUUUCACAUGCGUAUGCCCUUAAAGAAGACCAUGUAAAAGAACAUUUUCGUAUCUACUACAAGAUAGAAGGAAUACGUUGAUGUUCUCAUUCCACCCGUAGCACAUCAGGGACAUCUUAAAUCGGUUAACUGCACUCGUAAAAUGUGUUUCAAAAAUUACCGUUUGAAAGAAACAUAAAAUGUCGUAUAGUGAUAUGUAUUCUUUAUAAUACCAAUAAGCCCAAUAGACUUCCCUUAUCGCGAUCGAGAUAACGAGCGUAACGAGUCCUUUACAAAUUGAAAAAUGAAAAUUUGGGUAAAUUCUUUGGUAUGGAUUAUGUGAGAGGUUUGUGGAAAUAAAUUUCGCAAUUAUCGGAUUUACUAUAUGCUAAAAUUAAAACAUUGUCCUGCUAUUUGAGAGAAAUAUUCCAUUUUGGAUAUGUUGCGCGGCGAUGUUUUUUUUUUUUUGUUUAUUUGAUUUGGUGCAUAUGCAAGAUUUCCUAUAGUCCGAAAAUAGUUUUCUUUUUUUGUCUUAUUUUGUUCAAGAAGGAAAAAAAAAAAAUAAAAAAUGUUAUACCGCUUAAGCUAAGAACAAACGGUUCAUUUUUAGAUAGAUUUAAGUUUUAAAUUUACUCCUUAAUCAAAUUGUAAUUUUACUAAUGUCCGCUAGACGACGCUUCGAGUUGAUUAUUUGUUUUUCUUACAAUAUGUCUGCUGUCAUUAGAAUGUAAUGCACAUUAGUAACGUUUACAGUUCAAAUAAAAUUUUUUUGCAAUCAUUUUACUUCUAAGGUGUAAUUUACUUUAAACAAAUUUCCUCCAAAUAUUUAUUCACACUUCUUCAUGAGUAGAAUAAAAUGAGCAUUCAUGACAAGAAGCUUGCUAACGUCUGUUUUAAAGAAAAAUGUGAAUAUAGGCGCCAGUUAAAAUCAUGACGGACGACCUCCCAUACAGUCUUUUCAACAUAUUACUCAAGGCUAAAUUUUUACUUGAUCAUUUCACUUCUCUUUUCUUUUUUUUUCAAUAUCAGUAAAUGCCGUACGAUGCCAUCAAGCUUGUUUCACUAGUGGGGGUAUCAAGAGACUUGGAAUUUUAUAUCGAUAUCGGUAGUCUCUUAUUAGCUUUCUAAAGUUACUUUUACAAUAGAUUGCAUGUAUAAAGUCUUAAUGCCAUUUCUAAUGUUUUCAAGUUUAUGAUGAGAUUUUUCUUAGAAUAUAGCAUCACUUUAAUGGGUGACAUUCUCGCUUUUCUAAGGUGUCAGCUUGUUUAAUCCAUUAGCUAUCAGGAUAUCCUAGGAAAAAAUGCUUCAUCCCGGUUCAAGAUUACAUGACAUCAACUGGAAUAGAUAUUCCGUAUGUGCAUUUAGAGGACUCUAAAAAAGUAUUUUAAAAUUUCUAAGAAGCAGACACAGAUAUGUGACGUUGGGCUGGACUGUGGUAAGAAACGGCUGUGUCACAUACUUGUCACAAUUGGUAGCGAAUAAGUUAGACGUUGUUAUCUCUAUCUCUAGUCAUAAUGCAACUGCUUGUUCUUAUUAUUCUUGACUUUGAUUGAUGUUAAUCGAGUAAGACCUCCUCGAUCUUCAAAGCCAUAUAAAAAUUGAAAUUGAAAUCAGAAAUGAAAAUCAAUUUCAUUUGUCCGUUUGUCUCUUAAGACGCGAUUCCCAAAUAUUUGGACAACGUAAGUUAUGCUAUCCGAAACAAGGAAAAAAACUACUCGAGCCCUUAUUAUUAUUAUACGCUUAGCUUGGGAAGUUUGUUGCCUGUAUGCUACUCUUGUAUCUAUUAUGUCCACCACUUUAUCUAAUUCAUAUAAGCUUUAUUUGGAGUAAUAAAAUCGCUGACUCCAAAAUUGAAAGAUUUUUGUAAAUAUUUUCUGUAUCGAUUUGAGUUUCUUCCUGGAGUUCUAUCAUAAAUCCUAAGCUAUUAGUUUCACCUUUUUCGGUAAAGUGCUCGAAUACAAUUGCAGCUCCACAGUAUUAACCCAGCUUUUAGAACAGCCUUUAUUGAUCUUUAUAAAGCCUUCCGGAAAGACCACGGAAACUACGCGCUUAAAUUGUUUCGCAAAAGCUAAGUGUACCAUUUCCUCGUUGCGAGUAUGACACAUCAAUCAGUGACAGCGUUUUCAGCUGUGCAUAAUCCAAAUUAAAUGCCAACAAUUUGUAGGAGGAGAUGUUUUUCCUUUUUCAUUUAAAAAGAAGCAUUGCUAUGGCAUUCUUCGUUUGGUGUCGGAAAUCUACGGCGAAUAUGAGUAACAGCUCCGAUAUGGUUUGCAUCCGUUGACGAAAAGAGUUGGAAAAAGUAAUAAUAGUAAUAAUGAGAUAAGAUAGCUCAAGAUCCCAUUUUUAGCUUGAAACUUUUUUACGGAAAACCCUUUUUAGUAAAUGAUGUCUGUAACGUCCUUCAUAUUGUUUAAAAUUCUACAGAAUCGUAUGCCAAAUUUAAUGAUUAUCGUAAGCAAUCGAGGGGUUUGUGACAUUGUUCAAAAAUGUAUUGAUUUCGUUCAUAAUCCUGUCGCGCAAAAUAUAAAGUUGUGGUAAGCCAUUUUUUUUUUUUUAAAUAAUGGGAUGAGUUAAUUAGGAAAUGUCCUCUACUCGUGUAAAACGAGAUGGGUCGCAAUCAGAAAUGAGGAGAGGGAAAGGGGAAGAGAUAGGGGGGAGGUAGUGGGUGCAGCCUUGUGGUUUUCUGCCCGAUCGGCCUUUACGGACUGAGCAUUCACUCUUAAUUGCGAUCGAAGUGAACUCUAGCGCGCUUGAGAUUUAAACGCGCGAACACAACGCAUAACACUUACGACUUUGGUCGUAGGCUCGUUAGGGGGCAUUUCCGCAUUUCUUUCUCCUUCCUCUCCUUUUUCUGACUGCCACCAUAUAACACGAAAAUGGAAAGUUCUCUAUAUUGCUGCUUAAAAUAUGAUAUCAAUCGCUGGCAGAUUCUGAAAACCGUUUAGUAUCAAAUUUUAAAUCCUUCCCUACGAUAAACUAUGAACUCUGAUCCGUUGUUUUUAUGCUGCCAUUUGGGUUGUGAGCACUCACUUAUGAUUUUUACGCUAGAGUUUUAAAUACUUUUGGUAAAUAUUUGUAACAAAUUCUAGAUCAACUGUGAUUGUGACAGACAUCGGUACUCUGGCUUAUUAUCAACGUGUGUAUUUAGAAAGGCAUCCUGAUCUCUCUCUCUUUCUCUCUCUUUCUUUCCUUCUUUCUUUCUUUCUUUAUCUGUAUCUCUUUCUCUCUCCUUGUUUACAUAAAAAAUUCAAAAAAAUCCAAAAAUAUCUGAAAUAGUUAAAAGAUGUCGAAUGAAAUGACGAAAGUGGGUGGUAGUAGUUCACACUAAUAACAGAUAUUUCUAUUCACGACAUGAUUCAACAAGUGGGCCAUAUGUAAGGCUUACUUCAACCGAAUUUACACCAGGCUUUAGCAAAAAACGAAAAGCAAAGAAUAAUCGAAUGGUGACUUAAUGUGUUCUAAUUAUUACAAUAACAAUUUCUUGUAAAAAUUUGGAAAGUCCGAUGCCGCCAAUCAAUGACAAAACAAAAAGCAAGAAAAAUUAAAAAUCAUUUAAUUAUGUUGACUGAAGUUCUACUGACAUUACUGUUUAGAAUUUUUGCAAAAAAUUUCAUUUCACUUAUGGCACUAAGCAAAUAGUUUAUAAUAAAAAUAUAAAUUCCUUGAGUAAUUGUGUAAAAUUGUCAAUAUUUAUUGUUUAUUUAAAUAAUAUAAAACAAAAGAGAAAA